AGGACUUGUAGAAGUAGAGGUUUGCUGCGGUUACGCCUAGUCAGCAAGAGAAAUCUUCUUGACGUCAUGUUUCAUGAUGGUGCGAUGUAUUUUGGAGCCAUGACACUUUGUAAUGUACCCAACAUCUUGUCGUACUACUUUGGAUCAGAGAUCGUCAGAGGCAGUCUAGGCCUAGCUACACUCACUGGCUGCAUAUCCGCCACUCUCAUCUCUCGGCUUAUACUUAACCUGCACAAAUCUAUCGACUCUGGCAUUUUCUCUGUCCCUGUCCAUGACGACGUGCACUGCCUGUCGGUCCUUACCACCGAGAUCAGUGUACAGUCUGCGGUUGCCUAGAUCUC